AUCUUGCAACGAUGAAAAUCAGGCUGUGCUUGAGCUACCGCGUAAUGUGAAGUUGUUUGUGAAGCGCAUAAAUUACAAAGCACAAUGGAUUAAGUUAUACGAUCCGGAGGAUUGCCUCCCGCGGCAGCUUCCCAAUCUCAAUUUAUCUGCGUCUCCCUUCCAGGAUUACAGGGAUAAAAUCCACGGCCCACCUCAAAAAUACACUAUUUUCAAUUGUUCACGCGAAGCACAUCCGCGUUAUGUAUAUGAAUAUAUUACAAUUCCUUGUUUAAGCAUCCCAGAAUUCCAAGUUGGAGCUCUUCCUUCCAAUUUUAAUUAUGCUAUUAGUUUGUUAAAUUGCAGCAGAACGUUGAUGAACAUUUCGGCAAUAGCAGUAUCUCGAGAUAUGUUGUAUCACCAGGAAAGGGAUGUUCAUUUGAGUUGGUCCAAACCAGACUGCAAUAAAUGUGAAGCGGUGGGCAAGAAAUGCAGACUGGAGAAAAAUAAUAAUAUUACACAUGAUGAGACAGAGUGUUAUGGUAAAUCCAAAAAACAUAGAGAUGUACAGAAAGUACUAUUGGCUACAGGAAUAGUCCUAGGUUCCUGUCUUCUUGGAAUAAUUCCCUUUGGACUUUACCGCGUUCACCAUUCAUAUAAAGCAGAGAAAGAAGGCCAACUCAAGAUUGAAAAUUUUCUGGAGGAUUACAAAGCUCUCAAGCCCUCAAGAUAUUCUUAUGCUGACAUCAAGCGAAUAACAGUUCAGUUCAAGGAAAAACUUGGAGAAGGGGCCUAUGGAACAGUUUUCAAAGGGAGCCUUUCUAAUGAUGUUUUGGUUGCUGUUAAAGUCCUCAACAAUUUCAGAGCGACUGGGGAAGAGUUCAGUAACGAAGUGGGAUCAAUGUGUAGAAUCCACCAUGUCAAUGUUACCCGCUUGAUUGGGUUUUGUGCAGAUGGAAAUAAAAGAGCUCUUGUUUAUGAGUACAUGCCGAACGAGUCCUUAGAGAAGUUCAUAUUUGUAGCCAAAGAUAAAGAUCGUUUCCUCAGUUGGGAGAAGCUUCAAGAUAUUGCUGUGGGAAUAGCCAAAGGAAUUGAGUACUUGCACCAAGGUUGCGACCAACAAAUCCUUCAUUUUGACAUCAAGCCUCACAAUAUCUUGCUAGACCAUAACUUCAAUCCCAAGAUCUCAGACUUUGGUCUAGCAAAGCUGUGUUCCAAGGAACAAAGUGCUGUUUCUAUGACAGCAGCCAGAGGAACAGUGGGGUAUAUUGCACCUGAGAUAUUGUCUCGAAACUUUGGAAAAGCAUCCUAUAAAUCAGAUGUUUAUAGUUUUGGAAUGCUAUUGUUGGAAAUGGUAGGAGGGAGGAAGAAUAUUGAUGUCACAAUAGAGAGUACGAGCCAAGUUUAUUUCCCAGAAUGGGUGUAUAAUUGCUUGGACAAAGGGGAAGAGUUUGGGAUUAGAAUAGAUUCUGAGGAACAUGCCAAGAUAGCUAGAAAACUUGCAAUUGUUGGACUUUGGUGCAUUCAGUGGUACCCAACAGACCGUCCAUCAAUGAAACCCGUGAUUGAAAUGUUGGAAGCAGAAGUCGAUAGUUUGACAGUGCCACCAAAUCCCUUUGGCCAUGGAGAUGGUGUGCGGACAACGAGUGUCAAUAUCCCAAGGAAACCAAUUAAUAGAGAACUAGAAGUUAUCUUCGAAUGAGAAUAAGUGGAAUGUAUUCUACAUCUAGGUAGUUCUUCUAUUUUUCCUAAUGCAUCCAUCCAUAUAAAGUAAGGACUCAAUAUUGAGUGUUGAAUGUUUUAUACAAUCAUUAAAAGGCUUGUAUAUUAACCUUAUAUCUAUCAAUGUAACAUGGAAUGUUUUAUAAGAAAGUUUUUUCCCUUUU